UCUCACAUCAACAUGGUCGGCACCCAACGGCGCCGCCGCCGCUCAAGCGACAUGGACGACGUGCGCCGCUCCGAGGUCUUCGCAGCAGUGGACCCGCGCGAGAAAGCCAAGAUCUCGCGCGACUUCAAUGCGCUCCAGAGCCGCGCGGACGACAUGCGCGCGAACCUCGAGAAUGUCGAGCCCGGCGCCAUCAUCGACAUCUUGAACGGCGCGAAUAGAUUAUAUCGCGUCCGUGAUACCGAUAUCGCGAACCAGGAUGCCCGCGUGGUGCGCGAGGCGGCAGAGAUGAGCGCCGCGCUGCUGCGCAAGCAGAAGCUGGGCGGGGCGUCGUUCGACGUCGACGAGCUGCUGGCCAAGGUGAAGCGUGUGCUGGAGAUUGAGGACGAGGAGGAGCCGGGGAGCGACGACGAAGAGCCACGGCGCGUCAAGCUAGGCAGCUGGGAGACCAUCGGGUGGAUGGCCGCCAAGAUGAGCCGGCGUGCGCCUGGGAUAGACUUUCUGUAUGGCCCGCUUGGUGUUGAGCACACGCGGAAGGAGAAGCGCGCGCGCGUGCGGCAAGCUGUCGCGCCGGAGCAGCGGCCCGUCGAGGUCGAGACGCAGGGGAAGGCUAAAUCCGCCGAUCCCACACUCGCAAAUGUCCGGAGCGUGGCGAAGACGCUGCACUCACUGGAUAGGCAUGGAGCAGGCGUCAACUUCUUCGCCUUCGUGUGCAACCCCGAGAGCUUCUCCCAGACGGUCGAGAAUUGCUUCUAUGUGUCGUUCCUCGUACGUGAAGGGCGGGCUGGGAUCGACGUCGCCGACGACGGCCUUGUGAGGAUCUUUGCGCGCGAGCCACGGCACGAGGACGAGGAGGGCGAGUCGUUUUCCCACCAGGCUGUCAUGGAAAUGGACAUGGCGACGUGGCGCGAGGCCAUCGAGAUCUUCGAUAUUCGCGAACCGCUCAUCCCCACCCGCGCACCAAUCGCCACCGCAGGGCCAUCUGCGACAGGCUGGUACGGAGCAUAAUGUGUAGUGUACAUAUGUAACAGUAAUCUAAUCUACUUCUG